GAAACACACUUUCGGUGAGCUAGUAAGGCAGCAGUAGAUCAGCAAUCAUGUUUGCUUUGAAAGUGUUUGUGUCGCUUUUAGCUGUCUUGAGCCAAAGCCACGCGAGGUUUUUGUUUUCCUGCAAAUAUCCGCCGUCACAAUGGUGCGACUCUAAAGAGAUUGCAGCUGAAUGCGGGGUACUGGAACAAUGCAUGAAUGCAUUUAACGUGACAAAGCCCAAUGAAGGCGCGGUGAAUGUUAGCCUUUACUACGAGUCCCUGUGUCCUGGAUGCAGACAGUUUCUAGUAGGACAACUCGUCCCAACUUGGAUUAUGUUGCAAGACAUCAUGAAUUUUGAGCUUGUUCCUUUUGGAAAUGCACAGGAAACGCCAGAGCAUAAAUUUGUUUGUCAACAUGGAGAUGAUGAAUGUUUGGGUAACAUGAUUGAAGCUUGCUUGUUAAAUGAACUUGGGAUGACAGCUAUCCCGGCUAUUUUCUGUAUGGAGUCAGCACCAGAUGUUCUGAAAGCUGCCCAGCUUUGUGUUGGAGUCUAUAUGUCUGGUGAAAUAUGGGACUCAGUUAUGAAAUGUGUGAAGGGAGAUCAGGGCUACAAGAUAAUGCAUGAAAAUGCUGUAAAAACAGGUGCUCUGAAACCCCCUCAUGAGUAUGUGCCUUGGAUAACCAUUAAUGGAGAGCACACAGAUGACCUCCAGGAUAAAGCAAUGAACUCUCUCUUCAGUCUUGUGUGCAGCUUGUACAAGGGUGAAAAACCAGCUGCUUGUGGUCUUGGAAGUGGAAAGAAAUCCAGCAGUUACUGCAUGAACUAAGUCAGUCGAUGAAUCUGACAAAAGCACUACUUGUGUCAUGAAUUGAUGCAUAAAACACAUUGUGAAAACAAUAUGUAAUGUACUGUUUUUAUGUUAUUAGUUUUUAGCAUAUGUACAUGGUUCUGCUGAAAACAAUUGACUUGACCACGAUUUUAUACAAAUGCAUUUUAAAUCUUUUGUAUUAAUAAAUGCUUUAUUAAAAAAUG